GCCGCCGCCGGUGCUGGUGGCCGCAGCCCCCGGAGCUCCCCGCUGUUCGGGCGGCCAGCUCGGGGCGGCAAAGGCAGCGCCGGGGAGCCCGCGGGGAAAUGCGGGAUCGGGGAGCACAGUCGGUAUUGAGGCCGCCGGCUUCGCCCCCCGCCCCACGGCGGGAGCGGUGCAGCCUGCCCCGUGUGCCGGCGCCGUGUCCCGAAGGAUGCGGCCACCUGCGGGAGCAGAGGUGACGCACGCCUCGCCACCCUGCAGGUGGCCUUGCAGUGAGAUGGAGCCCGAAGAGUCGUGCUGCCCUUCGUGCCCGGGCCGCUCACCUUUCACCGGGUGGAUGCAGGCUGGGGGUUUGUGUGUCCCCUACAGGCCGCCUGCACAGUGCCCGCUCCCAGCAGGAUCCCCAGGUGCUGGCAUCCCCUGCCCACGGCCAGCCUGCCUCUGCCUGGUCACGGCUGCUGGAACCACCAUGUUGGCUAGAGCUGAUCAGAGCAGGAGUGGAUGACAUGGUGGUUGAUACCUGCAUCUGGGCUGUGGAAGUGCUCCCCACUGUUGUUGCUCAUGACACCUGUGUGUCUGCAAGAGCCCUGAUGGGAUGCUGAGUAGAAAAUAUUGGGGUGCUUGAGCUUGUCACCCAUGUCACAGCUACUUUCUUGCCUGAUACAGUGUCAUGGUUAUGAACAGGCAGUCUGUGACCAGGAGGUUGGAUUGAUGUUUGUCACAAUGACGUGAUGUGAUUUGACACUUUGCAUGCUGAGACUUGCUCUCUUCUUCCUCCAGGUCACUGAGAAGGAUCCUUGUGUUUAUAUAUGCCUAUGCUGAGCCCAUCUAACAAAAAGAAUACCUGUAAUUUUUUCUGUUAGGGUUUACUGCUUAUUUAUAGUGAUGAAUGAGCUUGCUUUAAAAAUAUUACGCAGAUGUUAAUUUUUUACUGUAAAGAUGCAGUUCUAGCCUCAUAAUUAGAGACAGAAUAUUCUGAUUGUGCAGAAGCCCUGAACUGUGCAAUGUUUGGAUCUGUACCCUUCUGUUGUUGCUGCCUUCCCCAUCUUGCACCUGAGUUUUGUAAUUGUUUCUUCUUUCCUGUGAUACUUAUACAUUAAUUACACUUCCUUCACACUGCCAUGUGGAAGAAUUUGUGCUACUUUUUGUCCUAGCACUGGCUCUGGCAUUUUCUUCCUUUUCUGUCCUGUCUUCUCUCUUCCUCUGUUCCUAAGGCUUUUGGUCUGCUCUGUUUGAGCUCCUCUUACAUAUUUUAUCCUUGGCUGUUUUUUCUUUUCAUCCCUUUGUACUUUUCAAGACACUGCAUCCAGGCCUGCCAUGUCCCUGUUGCUCUCUAUUUCAAGAUUUACUUAGGAUCCAGAUUUCAGAUCUUUCUGCCUUCUAAUGUUUCUUUUCAUGACACUCCAGGAAGAGUAUUUGGUUAAUGGACAUAUCCUGUGCAUUCUAACCUGCUGAAUGUAUUUUUUUACCAAGGCUGCUUCCCUGACUAGUUCUUAUGGCAUUACCAAAUGUCUCUACAUAACUUCAAGAUUCUCUCACCAGCAGUUUUUGAGUAAUGGACUCUGACAAGGAUGUGUUGGUGUGCAUACAUCACCACCAGUCAAACUUUCAAACCCCAGCUGUCGCUGUUGUUGCUUCUGCCCUCAGUGAGUGACAGGCAAGAACCAGAAUGUCUUGGGAAGGACUCAAGUUCCAAGUCAUAAUGAAUCUCAGUUUACCAAGAGCAUCAGUGAAACACUGCAACUGAGGAAUCACUGGUUGGAACAGAAGAUGUGCUGAUCUAAACAGCUGAAUCCCACAGCUCUUGAGCAGGUUCUAUGUACAACAGGUAAAAUGGUGUCAGUCUGGAGGUUGGCUGGAGAAGCUGCUCUUUUUUGUGACCACACACAUCUUGUAUUGCAUACCAGAAAUAUCAACAGUGAGUUUGAUCAUUUGACUCGUUGCAGCAUGCCUAAGGUGUUCUGUUGUAGUCAAAGAAAAUGAAUUCUUUAUCACCUUAAAAAGCAGUAAUUGGUGUUUAGUUGUGGUAAGUAAUGCCCUGGGAAUGCCUGAUGACUGCUGUGUUCCCCUCCAGGACAGUGGAGCAAGCAAGGCCAUCUUUGAGGACUCCUAAUGGUUUCACUCUCAGUUCAGCCAGUGCUGACACUGGGGCUGAGGAGUUUAGUGAAGUCUGUGUAGAUACUGGAGAGAAACCUAUUUGUUUUUUGUGGUGGCCCUAUGAGAGUGCCCAAGUGCUUCCACAGGGUGACACCACUUUUUGAAGUGUGUCUCUGGGUACUCAGAAACUCAGAAAGCUGGGUCAUUCACACACUUGCUGUAACUUGAAAGCUGGCAAAGUUUUUGCUCUGGGGCUUUCCUUUAGAAGUUUCUUUGUGUUCUGGGAGGCUGUGCUGAAAUGGACAGAGUUUUGGGAAACAGAACUGGGAAGUGAGGCUGAAACCUUUAGCCUAAAGCUAAUGUUUAUAUUUAGGCUUUAUAAAUAAGUUUUCUCUUUUGAUAUUUGGCCUGAUACAAUUGCACAACAAUGCCAAUCAAUAAAAAUGAAUGGAUUUCCACCUUUAUUAAAAAGAAGCUCUUCUAAGUGAUUCUAGAUACAUUAUGCCCUUUAUUGAAAGUUAGUAACUGUAAGGAGGCACACAGCUCUCUGAAACACAUCUAGAUCUGAAUUCUGUAAUAAUCUUUGGCAUUUUGUUAGUCCAUUUAAUUUACAGAUAUCUGACGGCAAACCAUGGCAGCCACAGUAAUCUGUGCACCUUGCUGUGCAUUGUUCUUAGCUGGAUACUGCCUUGCUCAGUCUGUGUCCUUUACAAACAUACUUGGUUUCAUACUUUUUUACUCCUCCCACCAGAGAAAGCAACAUCACAAAAUAUGUUUAUGAAGUCAUUGCUUUCUUAAUCUAGAAACUAAGCUAGAUUAGUUUUAUGACAGUUAAAAUAAAUGUCUACCUUUUAAAUAAUCUGAUAGAUGGCCUGCAAAUCUGGGACUAAAACUGAGAUUAGCGGGCAGAAAGGAUGAAGUAUGAGAUGAGAAGGGGAAAACAGCCUUGCACUGCUCAAGUCAGCCUCUGUAAUGUGGAGUGAACACAUCCUGCCCAGAUGUUCCCAGCCCAGUGGUUUGGGGGCUGUGCAUUGAGCAGUUAUGGCUGCUCUCACUCAGGAUAAGCUCCUGCAGAGCACAGGUCGUGUGCCACAGGCCUACGUGGUGGCAAUCUGAGUCUCUGUGACAAAAUCCUGUUUUCAGUUGAUUGAGGAAGAGGGGAAAAAGUCAUGAUUGUUUUUAGUUAUUCAUAAAUUGUGCAGUAAAAGAUUUAAAGGAAAUGUAAUUAAAGAUGCUUAUGCAUUUUUAGUGUGUUGUUUUGCAUAUGCAUUAUGACAGUGUCCGUGGUUGCAUUUUUGCUUACUGUUUCACACAGACCCCAGCCCUUCAGGUACAUGAUGGGCUUUCUCCUUGUGAUGAAGCCAGGUAAUAUCAUGAGGGAGACUUUUGUCUGUAGAAGCUUCACUUGCUGCAGGAACUGGGGAAUGCCCUCCUUACAGCAGGAAAUGAGUUAAAGAAUGACCUUGAUUUGGUGCUGCUAGAUUGGAUUUCUUGUCAUGCAUUCAAGAAAACAGUUUUCUUCAUUUGAUGAUUAUUUGAGUGUUCCUCAUUUUAUGGAUAAUUGACUUGAAAUUGUCAAACCUCAUUUGUUGUGUGGCUGACCAUUCAAGGAAUCUAUUAUUUUCUGGAUGUGAAAGUCCAGUGAGUACAGUUACCUAUACUGGCAAAAGGGCUCUCAGUAUCUCAAGCUGAGCCUCCAUCAGUAUUUGCAGACACUUUGCUUUUGGUGUCUGUUCAUCAGUUUUUUCUGCAAUAUGGAUACAAUGUCACCCAUUCUCAUUCACCUUGCCAGUGGCCCAGAAAAGAAUCAGAAAUUCACGAACUAUUCUGCUAUCUCAGCAGUGAGGGGCAUAGCAAUGUCUCCCAGGUAGUUCGUACCUUUCUGUUUAGUGCAGGACUUAAUGGUAUUCAUUCCUUAGUAAAUGCCAUUUGACUGUGAGAAUAAAACCAAGUAUUGACUGAUUGCUUGUUUAGGAAGCAUGAUUUAUCUUCCACACUGAAGGAGUCCUGUAGGGGAGCAAGGUGUAUCUUGGUCUAGGGAAAGGCUGUUAUAAUCCAUAUGCUUAGAGGGCUGAAAGAAUUCAGAAGCAUCUCCCCUUUUAGCUGCCUGUAGCACUCUUGGUGCACUUUGAGCACGCUGCAGGGCUCCCAGGCAGCUGUGCUUUCUGAGGCUGUGUGUGCAGCGCAGCACAGCUGAGCAGCCUCUGCCCCAUGCAGUCAAUGCUCUCUCUGAGCAGACUUGGUUCAUCUGAGUGGAGCAGGAAGAGUUGUGUGUCUGUAGGUGUCUCUGCAUGAAACUGCUUGUGCUGUAUAGGCAAUGUAAGGCAGUGCAACUAGGAGGGGUAAUAACUUUUUUUCCCAAACCUGAACAAGGAUUCCUAUUACUGUUACUUGUAAUACAACAAAAAUUGGUUUCAGUGGAGAUGUACACCUGCUGCUGCUCUUUGAAAUCCCCUUAUCUGCUUGAUCACACUUCCCAAGACAAAUAAACAGCAGAAACUUCACUCUUUUCAUAUCUUUAGUUCAUUGCACAAAGUAAAUGUAGGGCCCACAGUGAAUCACAUAAGGUCUUUCUGUCUUAGCUUAUAUCUCUGCUUUGGCUGUAGAAAUACUUAUCUGUCUCACAUGAACCUCCUGUGAUCCAAUGACUCAUUCAUUAUAAAUGACUCUUGAGAUGUUUGGAGACAUGGAAGAAGUGCAGAGUGGCAAUAUAUAUUUUUUAAUUUGCUGGCACUAAGUUUGCCUAAUACAGAUGCAGAAAUUCACUUCCAUGUGUUCUCCCUGGCAGUCUUUUACAAUUUAUUCAGUCAGAACAGAAGGAACAGAGAGAUUUUUACUGUUUUUUGAGUUUAAUACUUAAAUUUAAAAAAAAAAAGAAAAUGGAAGAAACAGACACAAAUCUGUCAAAGUCUACAGAAAGCCUAAAUGAAAGUUUUUGUGUUUGUCUUUUUGUCUUUUAUGUAGUUGCUUCCAAAAUCCGUUACCUUCAAGAAUACCACAACCGGGUUCUCCACAACAUUUACCCUGUGCCCUCUGGAACUGACAUUGCAAAUACUCUGAAAUACUUUUCUCAGACGUUAUUGAGCAUUUUGUCCCGCACAGGGAAGAAGGAGAAUCAAGAUGCCUCCAAUUUGACAGUGCCCAUGACCAUGUGUCUUUUUCCUGUGCCAUUCCCACUCACCCCAUCUCUAAGACCACAGGUCAGUUCCAUCAACCCUACUGUUACUCGCUCCCUCCUUUACAGCGUCCUGCGAGAUGCUCCAUCUGAACGUGGCCAGCAAAGUCGUGAUGCUCAGUUAUCAGACUACCCAUCUUUGGACUAUCAAGGACUUUACGUGACACUGGUGACACUACUGGAUCUAGUUCCCUUGCUACAACAUGGGCAACAUGAUCUUGGCCAAUCAAUUUUUUACACUACUACAUGCUUACUUCCUUUUCUCAGUGAUGAUAUUUUGAGUACUUUACCCUAUACAAUGAUUUCAACAUUAGCCACCUUUCCUCCAUUUCUGCACAAGGAUAUUAUAGAGUAUCUCAGCACAUCUUUUCUGCCUAUGGCUAUAUUGGGAUCUUCAAAACGAGAAGGUGUUCCAGCACAUGUCAAUCUGUCUGCAUCAUCAAUGCUGAUGAUUGCAAUGCAGUACACAUCAAACCCAGUGUAUCACUGCCAAUUAUUGGAAUGUCUCAUGAAAUAUAAGCAAGAAGUAUGGAAAGAUUUGCUAUAUGUAAUAGCCUAUGGACCAUCUCAAGUUAAACCUCCAGCAGUACAAAUGUUAUUUCACUAUUGGCCCAAUUUAAAACCCCCUGGGGCGAUCAGUGAGUACAGAGGACUUCAGUACACAGCCUGGAAUCCUAUUCACUGCCAGCACAUUGAAUGCCAUAAUGCGAUUAACAAACCUGCUGUGAAGAUGUGCAUUGACCCAUCCCUGUCUGUGGCUUUGGGUGAUAAGCCACCUCCCCUAUAUCUUUGUGAAGAAUGCAGCCAAAGAAUUGCAGGGGAUCACAGUGAAUGGUUGAUUGAUGUUCUUCUGCCACAAGCUGAAAUUUCUGCUAUAUGUCAGAAGAAGAACUGCAGCUCCCACGUCAGAAGAGCGGUUGUCACGUGCUUCUCGGCGGGCUGCUGCGGCCGCCACGGCAACCGGCCCGUGCGCUACUGCAAGAGGUGCCACUCCAACCACCACAGCGAGCUGGGGGCGGCCGCCGAGACCCACCUGUACCAGACCUCGCCGCCCCCCAUCAACACCCGCGAGUGCGGCGCCGAGGAGCUCGUGUGCACCGUGGAGGCUGUCAUCAGCUUGCUGAAAGAAGCAGAGUUUCAUGCAGAGCAGAGGGAGCAUGAACUCAACCGAAGGAGGCAGAUGGGCCUCUCCUCUUCCCAUCACUCCCUGGACAACACAGACUUUGAUAAUAAAGAUGAUGACAAGCAUGACCAACGCCUCCUGAGCCAGUUUGGAAUAUGGUUCUUGGUGAGCCUUUGCACUCCCAGUGAGAAUACACCCACAGAGAGUUUGGCAAGGCUGGUCAGCAUGGUGUUCCAGUGGUUUCACUCUACAGCUUACAUGAUGGAUGAUGAAGUUGGUAGCCUGGUUGAGAAGCUGAAGCCCCAGUUUGUUACCAAGUGGCUGAAGACUGUUUGUGAUGUCCGGUUUGAUGUCAUGGUUAUGUGCCUCCUGCCCAAGCCAAUGGAGUUUGCCAGGGUUGGUGGAUACUGGGACAAAUCAUGUAGUGCUGUAACCCAGUUAAAAGAAGGGCUGAACCGAAUCCUUUGCUUGAUUCCAUACAAUGUGAUAAACCAGUCGGUGUGGGAGUGUAUCAUGCCAGAGUGGCUGGAAGCUAUAAGGACAGAAGUGCCUGAUAACCAACUGAAAGAGUUUCGGGAAGUGCUGAGCAAAAUGUUUGACACUGAGCUCUGUCCUCUCCCUUUCUCCUUGGAGGAGAUGUUUGGGUUUAUUAGCUGUCGAUUCACAGGGUAUCCAUCUUCUGUGCAAGAGCAGGCUUUGCUCUGGCUGCAUGUGUUGUCUGAACUGGACAUUGUGGUUCCUCUUCAGUUACUAAUCAGCAUGUUUUCUGAUGGAGUUAAUUCUGUAAAAGAAUUAGCAAAUCAAAGAAAAUCAAGAGUCAGUGAACUGGCAGGAAAUCUUGCAGCUCGGAGGGUGAGCGUUGCUUCUGACCCUGGGCGCAGAGUUCAGCACAACAUGCUGAGUCCUUUCCCAAGCCCCUUCCAGAGCCCAUUUCGGAGCCCAAUACGUAGUCCUUUUCAGAGCCCUUUCAAGAAUUUUGGACAUCCUAGUGGAAAAACAAUUGAUUUUGAGUGUGAAGAUGAGGAAAUGAAUCUUAAUUGCUUCAUUCUGAUGUUUGAUCUAAUCCUGAAGCAGAUGGAACUCCAGGAUGAUGGUGUCACUUUGGGCUUAGAGAACAGCAUCUCAAAAGAUAUAAUAUCCAUCAUAAACAAUGUGUUUCAGGCACCCUGGGGUGGUUCUCACACCUGUCAGAAAGAUGAAAAAUCAGUUGAAUGUGGUCUGUGCCAGUCCAGCAUUCUGUGUUACCAGCUGGGUUUUGAGCUGCUGGAGCAGCUUGCUCCAAAGGAAGAAAUCAGGCUUGUGGAGCCCACAGAUAACCUCGAGGAUAGUCUUCUGUAUACUAGACCUGAGUUUAUUAUAGGAACUGAAGGAGAAGAGGAAGACAAAUCAGCACCAAAGCAUGGAGAAAACCCAGGAAAUCACACAGAGACCACAGAAAAUGCCGCAAUAAAGAAUGACACAGAAAGGAAGUUUUGUUAUCAGCAGCUUCCAGUUACCUUGAAGCUCAUAUACACGAUAUUGCAGGAAAUGUCAAGGUUUGAAGAACCAGACAUUCUUUUUAACAUGCUGAAUUGUCUGAAGAUCCUGUGUCUUCAUGGGGAAUGCCUGUAUAUAGCAAGAAAAGACCAUCCACAAUUUCUUGCCUAUAUUCAAGAUCACAUGUUGAUUUCAAGCUUAUGGGGAGUUGUGAAGUCUGAAUUUUCUCAGCUUUCUUCCCUGGCAGUCCCACUUCUUCUUCAUGCCCUUUCACUUCCUCAUGGAGCUGACAUUUUCUGGACAAUCAUAAACAGCAAUUUCAACAGUAAAGACUGGAAGAUGAGAUUUGAAGCAGUUGAGAAAGUGGCUGUGUUGUGCAGAUUUUUGGACAUUCACUCUGUGACAAAAAACCACCUACUGAAGUACUCUUUGGCUCAUGCAUUCUGCUGUUUCCUGACUGCUGUGGAAGAUGUUAACCCAGCAGUGGCUACAAGAGCUGGACUAUUACUUGACACCAUAAAGAGGCCAGCUUUACAGGGUCUCUGCCUCUGCCUUGAUUUCCAGUUUGACACAGUUGUCAAGGACAGGCCCACAAUUCUUAGUAAGCUUUUGCUACUUCAUUUUCUAAAAGCAGAUAUCCCAGCUUUGAGCUGGGAGUUCUUUGUGAAUCGCUUUGAGACCCUGAGUUUGGAGGCUCAGCUUCAUCUGGACUGCAACAAAGAAUUUCCUUUCCCAACAACUAUCACUGCUGUCAGGACAAACGUGGCCAACCUCAGUGAUGCGGCAAUGUGGAAGAUCAAGAGGGCUCGUUUCGCGCGUAACCGCCAGAAGAGCGUGCGCUCCCUGCGGGACAGCGUCAAGGGACCCGCCGAGUCCAAGAGAGCGCUCUCCCUUCCCGAAACCCUAACCACCAAAAUUCCUGUGAGCUUGACCAGACAUGAGCAGUCUGCACCAGCACUUGGAGGAACACCAGAACAAACACCAGGACAGCCUUCUCCAGAGAACGAUAAUACAAUAAAAGACCUGCUGCCAGAGGAUGCUGGGAUUGACCACCAGACUGUCCACCAGCUGAUCACAGUGCUGAUGAAGUUCAUGGCAAAGGAUGAGAGCAGUGCAGAGUCGGACAUCAGCAGUGCCAAAGCUUUCAACACGGUCAAGCGCCAUCUGUACGUCCUGCUUGGCUACGAUCAGCAGGAAGGAUGCUUCAUGAUUGCACCCCAAAAAAUGCGUGUCUCAACCUGCUUUAACGCCUUUAUUGCUGGAAUAGCACAAGUGAUGGACUAUAACAUCAACCUGGGAAAACACCUUCUUCCCUUGGUGGUGCAGGUGUUGAAAUAUUGCUCUUGUCCUCAGCUAAGGCAUUACUUUCAGCAGCCUCCUCGCUGUUCCCUCUGGUCCCUCAAGCCUCACAUUCGGCAGAUGUGGUUAAAGGCUUUGCUUGUUAUUCUCUACAAGUACCCCUACAGAGACUGUGAAAUCAGCAAGAUUGUACUUCACCUAAUCCACAUCACAGUCAAUACCCUCAACGCUCAGUAUCACAGCUGCAAGCCCCAUGCAACUGCUGGUCCUUUGUAUAGUGACAACAGUAACAUAAGCCGAUACAGUGAAAAGGAGAAAGCAGAGGAAGACAGUGUUUUUGAUGAAUCUGAUAUUCAUGAUACUCCAACUGGACCUUGCAAUAAAGAGUCUCAAACUUUCUUUGCAAGACUGAAGAGAAUUGGUGGCAGCAAAAUGGUCAAAUAUCAACCAGUUGAGAUGAAUGCUCAGAGAAGUGAAAUAGAGCUGGCUGAAUAUAGAGAGACGGGGGCCUUACAAGACAGUAUUCUACGCUGUGUGAGAGAAGAAAGCAUUCAGAAAAAAAAACUGCGCUCUCUAAAACAAAAAUCUCUUGAUAUAGGGAACGCAGACUCCCUGCUGUUCUCGCUAGACGAACACCGCAGGAAGUCCUGCAUAGACCGCUGUGAGCUAGACAAGCCUCCUGUCCCUGCCACACACAGGCACAGCGACUAUGGACGCUCUCGGCAGAACUCCUCCACUAAAGCCGAAAAUAUAGACACACAGGAGAGCCUUCCUCAUACAGAGAGCUUCCAGGAAACCAAAAGACCUGUCAUACCAGAGGUUAGGCUAAAUUGCAUGGAGACCUAUGAAGUGAAAGUGGACUCCCCAGUUAAAAUUGCUGAUCCCAAGGAAGAUUUAGAUCUGAUAGAUUUGUCCUCUGAUUCAACAUCGGGUCCUGAAAAACAUUCAGUGCUCUCCACUUCGGACAGUGACUCUUUAGUCUUUGAACCACUUCCUCCCCUUAGAAUAGUGGAGAGUGAUGAAGAAGAAGAAGCAACAAACCCGCUGAAUGAUGAGGUCUCUGGCAAAACCGCUGUUUCAUCUCCUUCAACUCCUAUCAACGUGUCUGCACUCAGCCUCAGCACAACUCCGCUGGUGCAGUUCAGCAUCGAAGAUUGCUCCAAAGACUUUAGUUCUAAGGAUACAAGCAACAGUACUUCAGCAGGAAUAGAGGAGGUCAUUUCUAUUUCUACCAAAGAUCAGAAGGACUCUUCAGAGUUAGUUAAGACAGAAGAAUUUCAGGACGUGUCCUCUGGAAACUCACUAACUCUGAAACAGAAAAGGGACCUGCUGCAGAAAUCAUCUGCCCUUCCAGAAAUGUCCCUUGAUGAUAACUCUGAGCUCAGUGUGGAGGAAAUUAAACCUAGUGGAACAAUUCCAAGCCCAAAUGUAAAGACAGUCCUUAUUAAAGUCCCUGAAGAUUCUGAAAAGCAAACAGAAAGUGAUAAACUUGAUGCCAAUACAGAAUCUGACACUGAACAAAACACAGAGCAGAAACAAGAAGGGGAGACUGAGGAGUCAGAAUUUAAGAUUCAGAUUGUUCCUCGCCAGAGGAAGCAGAGGAAGAUUGCUGUGAGUGCUAUUCAGAGAGAAUACCUGGACAUUUCCUUUAACAUCCUUGACAAGCUGGGAGAGCAGAAGGAGGCAGAUCCUGCUGCCAAAGGACUUUCAACGCUGGAAAUGCCAAGAGAGUCAUCAUCUGCACCAACCCUUGAAGCAGGUGUUCCAGAGACAAGUAGUCACUCUUCCAUAUCAACUCAGUUCAGACAAAUGAAAAGAGGCUCUUUGGGAGCUCUGACAAUGAACCAGCUAAUGAAGAGGCAGCUGGAACACCAGUCUAGUGCUCCCCACAAUAUCAGCACUUGGGAUACUGAGCAGAUACAGCAUGGAAAGAGGCUGUGCAAUGUCCCUGUUUGCCUAAACCCAGAUUUGGAGGGACCACCACUGAGGAUCAGAGGUGCUACAAAAUCUAGUUUGCUGUCAGCACCCAGUAUAGUCAGUAUGUUUGUACCUGCACCCGAAGAAUUUGCUGAUGACCAGCCCAUUCUGAUGACUGACAAGUGCCAUGACUGUGGGGCUGUUCUUGAAGAAUAUGAUGAGGAAACACUCGGCCUGGCCAUAGUUGUGCUCUCAACCUUCAUUCACCUCAGUCCAGACCUGGCUGCUCCUCUGCUGUUGGACAUCAUGCAGUCUGUGGGAAGGUUGGCAUCAAGUACCAGUUUUUCUAAUCAAGCAGAAAGCAUGAUGAUCCCUGGAAAUGCUGCAGGUGUGGCCAAGCAGUUCCUCCGUUGUGUGUUCCAUCAGCUGGCUCCCAAUGGCAUCUUCCCUCAGCUCUUCCAGAGCAUUAUUAAAGAUGGAAGCUUCUUACGGACCUUGGCUACAUCUCUGAUGGACUUCAGUGAGCUGAGUUCCAUCGCUGCUCUGAGCCAGCUGUUAGAGGGUUUAAACAACAAAAAGAAUUUGCCAGCAGGGGGUGCGAUGCUCCGCUGUUUGGAAAACAUUGCUACCUUCAUGGAAGCCUUGCCGAUGGAUUCCCCCAGCAACCUCUGGACCACAAUUAGUAAUCAGUUUCAGACCUUCCUUACUAAACUCCCAUGUGUUUUGCCUCUUAAGUGUUCUUUAGACUCUAGUUUAAGAAUCAUGAUUUGCUUGUUGAAGAUACCUACUACUAGUGCCACCAGGAGUCUUCUGGAACCUUUUUCAAAAUUACUGAGCUUUGUAAUUCAGAAUGCUGUCUUCACUCUGGCCUACCUGGUGGAACUAUGUGGUUUGUGCUACCGAGCCUUCACCAAGGAAAGGGACAAGUUCUACUUGACACGCUGUGUUAUAUUGGAGUUACUGCAAGCACUCAAGUUGAAGUCGCCCUUACCAGACAUGAAUCUGCUGCUGUUGGUGCAGUUUGUUUGUGCAGAUGCUGGAACAAAACUAGCUGAGUCAACAAUCCUACAUAAACAGAUGAUUGCCUCAAUGCCUGGAUGUGGAACAGCAGCAAUGGAAUGCAUGAGGCAGUAUGUUGGAGAAGUGCUGGAUUUCAUUGCAGAUAUGCAUACCUUAACCAAAUUGAAGAGUCACAUGAAGACUUGUUCUCAGCCACUGCAUGAGGACACCUUUGGUGGACAUCUGAAAGUUGGUUUAGCUCAGAUUGCUGCUAUGGAAAUCACCCGGGGGAACCACAGGGACAACAAAGCUGUGAUCCGGUACUUGCCUUGGCUCUACCACCCUCCUUCAGCAAUGCAACAAGGGCCCAAAGAGUUCAUAGAAUGUGUCUCACACAUUCGUUUGCUGUCCUGGCUACUUCUGGGGUCUCUGACACACAAUGUUGUCUGUCCAAAUUCUCCAUCAUCUUGCAUGCCUAUUCCACUGGAUGCAGGUUCACAAAUUGCUGACCACCUUAUUGUUAUUCUGAUUGGGUUUCCAGAGCAAUCAAAGACAUCUGUUCUGCACAUGUGUUCCCUGUUCCAUGCCUUUAUAUUUGCUCAGCUCUGGACAGUGUAUUGUGAACAAACAGCAGUAGCUCCGACAGUCCAGAAUCAGAACGAAUUUAGCUUUACAGCAAUCCUCACAGCCCUGGAGUUCUGGAGCCGAGUGACACCCAGCAUCCUGCAGCUAAUGGCACAUAACAAAGUGAUGGUGGAAAUGGUGUGCCUGCAUGUGAUCAGUUUAAUGGAGGCUUUACAAGAAUGCAACUCUACUAUCUUUGUAAAGCUCAUACCAAUGUGGUUGCCAAUGAUACAGUCAAACCUAAAGCAUUUAUCUGCUGGACUUCAGCUCCGCCUCCAAGCCAUCCAGAGCAAUGUCAACCAUCACAGCCUGAGGAUGUUACAGGGGUCAGGACAGAUGAACAAUAGCUCGUCUGUGCUCCGCAAGUGGCUGCAGUGCACCCAGUUUAAAAUGGCUCAAGUAGAAAUUCAGUCAUCAGAAGCUGCAUCUCAGUUUUACCCUUUAUGAUGCAUGUAACUUGUUCCAAAAUAGUCACUUUUUAGCCUAGCAAUAACAGGGUUAGAGCUGUAAAAGACCUUUUGUAUAAAUCCAUAUACAGAGUAUAUACUGUAUCUACACUUUUUAGCCUAGGACAGAUUGUGAAAAAGCUUAUAAUGGGUGAAGCUAAGAGCCUGCUCCUGCCAGUUUAUAAUUACAGUUACUCAGGAUCAACAGGUUCUAAGUCUGCUUUCAUGAACAUGGAUUGGACUCAAAUCUACCAUAUUGUACAUAUGUCUCUGAUCAUUGAAAUGUUCUUAAAUGUUCCUUUACAUUAUUUUUGAAGCUAAACAAAAAUCACUUUUCUUUGACUUCUAUUUUUUUUAAAAAUAGAAUUGAGGGUAUUCACAAACAUGGAAGUGCUAUGUUGCUAUUUUUUGACAAUUACAAAAGAAAAUAGGGUUUUUAGGAACCUUUAUAUAAGUUUUUAGGGGGGAGGUGGUUUUUUUUUUUUUUAGAUUCACAGCUGGCAAUGCAAUAAAAUCUGUCACUAUAAAACAGUGAUGUUCUAAUGAGGCUUUUUGUCAUCAUCUUCUGGGAAAACAGCAGCUUGUAAGGAGAGUUGUUAUGAAGUGCACUUAGAAAUUAGGUUGUUAAACUGUGCCAAUUAAUUUGUGUUUUUUUUCCGUACAUUUUCCAAAACUGCCAGGUCUGAUUUAUUAUUUUUUGAAAUACUGCUUUUACUUCAUUGAUUCUAUGCUGCUCUACUUGGUAGGUUUCAUAGAAGCCUCUUAAUUUUGUGACUACUCUAUUGUAUUCUUCUGUCGAUACUUGUAUACAGUGCAAUUAAAAAGAUAUCCCAAAUCUAUUCUUAUUGAUGUCUACAGAAUUUAUGUUGCAAACUUCAAGAGGAGCGUGUUUGGACUUGAACUUUUGCAUAAUGAUAUUUACAAAUCCCAGCAUUUGCAUACUGUUGCAUACAUGAUGUUUAAUAACAGAUGGAUUUUAAUAUCAUUAGGAAACUCAGACAAAGCCCAUUGGAAUCUAAGGAGAAUCAAUUAACUCAGUGGAUUUUACAUAAAAUCUUGAAAGCAUAAUGAUUUGCCGCCUCUUGUAAUAAAUACUUAAAUCUGUGCAA